AUAGGGAGACCACCCCCGCCUACAAGGCCUAUUCCCCCAACUCCAGAGCCUCCGUCUGUCCGUGUCUGGACUCCAGACGGACAAGUCACUGAUGUUGUUGGCACGCCGACUAGACCGCCGAGUCCUACGAGUCCUACUCCACCAACGCCAGAGCUACCACCUAUCUGGUGUCCCCAAAUCAUGGAGGAAAGCCCGGUUCUAAAGAUCGAGCAAGGCUGCUGUCAGCAGUGCGGCUGUGAUGUCGGUACUCAGAUCCCGAAUCAAAAGCCUUACUGGCAGGUCGACCUCAGAUACCAUUACAGCUAUGCAUUCGGGGAUAGGACGUUAUCUGAUGAAAGGUUUCCAGGCGUUUUGAAGGCCUAUUUCAAAUACUUGGACGCGCCUCCGUCCGUUGUUGGGGUGCGCAAACCAAAGAACCCGUUGUUUUAUUAGUAAUACCAAUCUGUGGUUGUUUGAAACUUG